AUGUCCCGGAGGACGCUGGGCGGAGGUCGUGUUCUGGGCUCCGCGAACACUCGCAAUCCAUCAGCGACUCUAUCAUCCUCGCAACCGAAGCCGAAUAUCCUUUCUCCCUCCGCUAGUACCCUGUCCCUGAGUUCCCAGGCUUCCGCUUCCCAGUUCUCGUCCGAAACCCAGGACCUCACCUCCCGUAUCUCUCUUGACAAUGGCAGCGCCUCGGUCCCUGCUGCUCCGGCCGCCGCCGGGGCUCAAUUGUCAUGUCCAAUAUGUAGUGAGGAGAUGGUUACAUUGCUCCAGCUAAACAGACACCUCGACGACGUCCACCAGAACCUCGAAGAUGACCGACAAGACGAAGUUAAGGAUUGGUUCAAGACACAGAUGGAGAAAGCGAAGCGCUUCCAACCGCUAGCCGUACUGAAUCAGAAACUCAAGGGCCUGGACGUAUUCGAGUCGAACGAGAACCAGCAGGCUUUCACGGGCGCAAGUCGACCUCCCGGUCCCUCUCAGGCCAUCGUACCCGAUCAGCCGAAACCGCUUGACCCGGAGGAUAUCAUCACAAAGGAGCACUGGCAGCCUCGCGGGUUCUAUGAUUCGUGUCUGGAGCCGUCCUGCGGGAAACGGCUCAAUGCCACAAAUGGGUGUGUUAACUGCCGAAAAUGCGGGAAGCUGUUUUGCGAGGAACAUACAAUGUAUCAAAUGAAGCUAUCUAGGUCUGCGCAACAUGAACCUGUGCGGGGGUUAUGGUACCGGGUAUGUGAGACUUGCUACAAGUCCCGGGAAGGCUAUAACGACCAUAACGGCCUGAUAAGGGACCGAAUGGACGAAUUCAAAGCCAUCAGGAAGCCUAAUGUGGACAAGGCUUUGUUGGAGGUUUCUCGUUUGGAAAAGCGCUUGACGCGACUCACUCAACUGCUGGCUAGCCUGCCUCCUGACCAGCUUCAUUCGAACAAACUAUGGCCGAUCCCGUUUCAAAACGACCAGCGGAAAGCUCUAGAACAGACGGUUGUCAGCUGGCAAGAUGAUACGAGCGUGCCGAGGUGCCCAUUCUGUCAACAAGAUUUCUCGAGCUACACAUUUCGAAGACAUCAUUGCAGAACUUGCGGGCGAGUCGUCUGCGGUGAUGCCUCAACGGGAUGUUCAGUUGAAGUUCCAUUGAGUGUGACUCCUCUUUCCAAAGCGUACGUAGAAAAGUCAGUCAAUGUUGGCUCUACGAAUAUCGACGUUAGGCUCUGUAAAGAGUGCAAGUCAACGUUGUUUGAUCGGCGCGACUUUGAUGCCGACAUAACGCGAAAACCGCCGGAUCUAAGGGCCUAUGAGAAUCUUGAACAGUUCGAGAGGGGUAUUCGGAUUCUCAUGCCUAGGUUCCAAAAAACCCUCACGGCCCUACAGAAUCCGAGACGGCCUCCAUCGGCUGCGCAGAUAGCGGAGGCUUCCAAGAUUCGCAAACGACUAACCGAUUCAUUCACCAAAUAUGAUACAGCUGCAAGACGUAUCCGUGACCUACCAACAACCUCCCCGACCCAGGAACGUCUUCAAAAAGCCAUUUACCAACAGGCUACCAAUUUCCUUCAUCUCCACAUGCUUCCCUUGAAGUCCCUUCCCAAGGUUCUCAAGCAUGCCACGCCCAACGGCAAUCCAAGUAUCGCGAGCCCCCCAGCAAGCCCCACCAGUGCACCAACCGAAGGCCAUCGUCGGCAGAACUCUGCUCUAGGGUCUAUCAAAUCCGGGAAUAUCCCUGCUAGUGUCAGCAAUAGUAGCCUAGCCAGCGAAACUAGUAGCGCUGUCUCCGCGCUGGAAGCGGAAGAAAAGGCACUGCGUGAGCGGCUCAUCGUGCUGGAAGAGCAAAAGUUUUUCGUGUCUGAAAUGAUCGCGGACGCAAAUCGGCGGCGCAAAUUCGACGAGGUUAGCAGCCUUGCAAUGAACGUUGAAGAUCUCACUCGGGAGAUUGACCGUGUAAAUGGUAUGCUUGAUGGGCUAGACUUUGAGGGUGCUUACAUCGGCAAUAAGCAAUCAUAA